UUACAACGGUUCAAAACAACGUUUAUUCUUUAAAAUAAUAACACAUGAAUAAUUAUGAAAUGGUUUUUUGCGCAGAACAGAUAAUGUUAUACUACGCAGUUUACAAAUUAUCUAUAUAGGCAGUUUACAUUAAAUAGAUGUAAACAUAAAAAUCAUUUAUGAUUCAGGUCUAUAAUGGAGUUACCCAAACUGUUUUGCGAUAUUUGUCUGCAACUUAAUGUAACACGUGUUGCCAGUGUGUGGUGCUCAGAGUGUGUGGAAAAGAAAUGUGAAGAAUGUGAGGAAAAACAUCAAGUUCAGAAAGCGACAAGGCAUCAUGAAACAAUAGCUAUAAAAGACUUCCAGUUAUUACCUGACUCUAUUUCAAAUAUUCGACAAGAAUGUGAAGUUCACAAGGAAAAGUUUGAAUUUUAUUGCCAGAUACAUUGUCUCCCCCUAUGUAAGCUCUGUAUCACAGGGCAACAUAAAGAAUGCAAUGAACUCAAACCGUUACAGGAAAUAGUGAAGAACGUUAAGAAAUCGGUUGCAUUCCAAGACUUAGAAAAUAGAGUGAAAUAUGUCUUGGAAAUUGUUAGAAAGGUAGUUAAAGUCGAGCACGAAAAUAAAACACACAUAGAAGGUAAACAUGCUGAAUUCAUUGAUGAAGUUGAAUGUGUAAAAACAAUAGUCAAUAAUCAUUUGGAUCUACUUAAACAAGAAAUUUUUAACCAGUUGACUGUCCAUCAAGAAAAUACUAAAAGUGUUAUCAAAAACCUAAAUGAAAUGCAAAGUUCAGUAGGCGAAAUUGGGAACGAAUUAGCAAAAAGCAAACAACAUGCAUCUGAUUUUCAGACUUUUCUUUGCAUUAACGAAUGGGUUUCUAAAGUUCAAAAAUAUGAAACGGAAAUAACUGCAGAGCAUUUUCACGAAGGCAAAAUUGAGCUGACUGUAAAACUAAAUUUGAUUCAAGAGAAGAUAAUAAAUGCGAUAACAGACUUUGGGAUUUUAGGUAUCUCGUUUUCAAAUUAUGAAAGAUUUACCCUUGAGAACGAUCGACAAAUGCAGUGUUUUAUUCCAACCCCUAAUUUAGUAAACCGAGUUAAAUUGGCGAAUAUCGAAACAGUAAGGAUACCAAAGAAGCUUAAAACAUUUCCUCGAAAUAUUAUACGAGGCUGUGAUAUGUUGGCAGAUGGACGGCUUGUAUUAGUCGAUAUGAUAAACAAGAAACUCAUGCUAAGGGAGCGGAAUGGUACAUGUGCGAAAUAUCUAAAUUUUAAAACCGAGCCUUAUGAUGCUGCAGUAAUAGAAAAUACCUUGGUUGCUGUGACGUUAGUGGAGAGGAAAGAAGUCGUUGUAAUAGAUCUUAAUCGUUCCGAAAUUCAGCGAUCAUUCCCAGUAACCAACCGAUGUUUCGGGAUUGUUUUUAAGGACGGAAAAUUUUAUGUUUGCUGUGAUCAUAAAAUGGUGCAGGUCUUGAAUUUGUCUGGUGAGAUUUUAUCAACAUUAUCACUAGUCGAACCUGCAACAUAUUGUUCUAUGUUUAAUGAUAGGCUUUACUUUGCGACACAAGACUCUACUAAUGAAGUAUAUUGUUGUGAUUUUAAUGGAAACGUACAUUGGAAAUUUGACUGUCAAGAAUCGAGUUUCCCACUCGGCAUUGCAAACGAUAAUUCUGGUAAUACUUUUGUGACAUGCAGAAAAAAUAAUACAGUAAUACUCAUUGGAAAAAAUGGAACAGAUUCCCGAAUUUUGCUGUCAGAAGAAGACAAACUUCACAAACCAGUAGCUAUUUAUUACAAUUGUGACAAAAACCUUCUUCUCGUGUGUAAUGAAUCAGGAAAAUCAUUAUUGUUUGAUGUUUCCUCUUAAAACAUACGAAUACACUUAUCAACCUAGUCUUGGUAUUGCCCACUCGCUGUAAAAUUAAAACCCUACAAUGUGCAGUCGAUGGUCAAACUGAUGAGAAAAACAAAUUACCUGUUGUGCCGAGGUGCAAAUUAAACGUAUUUUGCUUCUUAAUCAUAAUUGUACCAUGCUUUGAAUUCAAUGUUCAAAAUACCGCUGGUCGUGGCAAGCCUCUCAACAACUAUGUACAGUUUUCGUAUUGCAGUGGGAAAUCUAGUAAAAAAGAACAAAAGAAAGUUUUCGAGUACACCGGUCUGAUGUUGUCACAUGAAAAUUCAAUGUAGAAAUAUUGUCAUUUCAUGAAUAUAACAAUAAAAAAGUCUGUCUGUGCAGGUUAAAAAACUAAAGAUAAAUAUUCUUAU